CAUCCGUGUGUUGACACUUCAUCUGACUUAUGUGUGGCACGUUCAUAAUCAGUUAUUGUUAAAUAGACAUGUUUCUGUUUAACAGAGACUGCAUUUGACCUGCUCUGAGAGAAUCGUAUGUGUAUUAGACACAAGUGGCGGCGAGUACAGAUAACUAGCCUGUGAUAGACUAGCCAAGCAUCUAGCUGUGUCUUUACUGUAUUCAAGCGACUUCUGUUGUUUUGGCUCAUGCUGAGCAACUCGUUGGGUAUCGAAUUUUAGAAUGCACGCCAUUGACUGCAUUGUUUCAGCACCAGGAAAAGCCAUCCUUCAUGGAGAGCACGCUGUCGUCCAUGGGAAGGUUGCUCUGGCAGUGAGUUUGAAUUUACGAACAUUCCUUAGACUUCAGGCUACCUCCACAGGCAAAGUCUGCAUCAAUCUACCUAACAUAAACACAUUUUUGUCCUGGGAUGUCAGUGCACUACAGCAUUUGCUUCAAGACAAAACCAUUGACCAUGGGAACCUAAAGGAGCUGGAUGCUGAUCUCGUCAGAAGGCUGCGAGAGUUUACCGGAACAGAGGAUGGAAGCACUGACACGCGGAGUAUGGCGGUGUCGGCCUUUCUCUACAUCUACCUCUCCAUCUUUUCCAAGUCAAAAGCAUUGCCCAGCCUGACGGUCACUGUGUGGUCAGAGCUGCCCACGGGAGCUGGCCUGGGCUCCAGCGCCGCCUACUGUGUGUGCGUGGCCGCCGCACUGCUCUCCACGCAGGGGGCCGUCUCCUGCCCUCUGGGGCCAGAUGGAGACACAGCCAGGUGGAGUAGUGAGGAGUUGGAGCUGAUCAAUCAGUGGGCCUUUCAGGGGGAGAGGAUCAUCCAUGGGAACCCCUCGGGGGUGGACAACGCCGUGAGCACAUGGGGAAGCGUUCUAAGAUACCAUGCUGGGAAGAUUACCCCUUUGCAAAGGGUGCCCACACUGCGGAUUCUCCUCACCAACACCCGAGUGCCGCGCAGCACAAAGACGCUUGUUGCCGGUGUGAAGGACAAAAUUAACAAGUUCCCGUCCAUACUAAACCCUGUGCUGGAGUCUGUGGAUGCUGUGUCCUGCAUGUGUGAGCAGACACUGAUGGAGAUGGCCAAAAGCUCACCCACAGCAGAACAUUACGCCACAUUGGAGGAGCUGAUGGACAUCAACCAGCACCAUCUGAAUGUGAUGGGUGUGGGCCACCCCUCACUGGACACCCUCUGCACGGUCACACUGAGGCGGGGGCUGCACAGCAAGCUGACGGGGGCCGGAGGGGGAGGCUGUGGCAUCACUCUCCUCAGACCAGACACAGACAGUUCGGUGGUCCAGAACACCGUUCAGGACUUGAAAGACACCGGCUAUGAAUGUUGGGAAACGAACAUCGGCGUGCCUGGAAUUCAGCUGCACGCUCCCCACAGCAUUAAAGAGGAAGUGAUGAAUGUUUUCAACAGCUACUAACAGCAGCAACUGGAUGUUUCAUAACAGAGCGGCAGACACACCAACCGAGCAGUCAUAACAACCCAUGAAAGCAAGGCCACAGGAGAAGUGUCCACUGAGAAGCUGUUUCUCUCUUUUAGGAGCUGGGUGUUAGCCUGUCGGAGAUGAGUGGUGUGUCAAUUUUCCUGGAGAAUGUUAUACAUUGCACUAGAAAGAAUUUCCUCAGAGUAAGGAUGCGAAUGCAUGUGCCUGCCAAUAUAUCAUGCCCAUGCGUGUGUUUGGUGUGGAAUGCUAAUUUAUUCAUUCAGACUAAUGUCUGAAAGGGCUUGGCUAUAUUGUUGCACAAUUAUAAAUAAACAUAGCAUGGAUAUGGACACUAUGCAAAGAUGCAGUAGUAGUCCUCUGAAGUUAACAGGAAAGUGGAUUUCUCAGGUUGUGUUAUUGUAAGGGUGUAACGGUACACAAAAAUCUCAAACAUUUCAGUGUGUACCAAGGUUUUGCUGCUAUCCUAAAAUUCACUGACUAUAUUGCUCAUGCGCAACAAAAAAUAUAUAAAGGUAUAUAUAUUUUUGACUUAACUGAUACAUGGUCCACCACUUACAGUAAUAUGUUUAUGUGGGUACUCAAAUUUGUCCACAAGCAAAUAUGCCCACCGUUGAUUACUGUUAAAGACUGCAUUUGGUAUAUUUGGUACACAUCUGUAUUGAACCUAACGUCCUGUACCUAAACAGUUUGGUACAAAUAUGUGUACCUUUACACCCCUAGUUAUUAGUUGCUUUACAUCUGGUUGGCCAGUAGAUGGCAUUGUCUGUUUAGGUAAGGAGCUCUUGCUCAGGAGAAUGAAUUGUCUGGACUGAAUUGAGCUUGAUGGGGAGUCAUAAUCACUUCAGUGAAUCCGUUCCUUUUGACAUAUUGUCAUCAUUCAUACUGUAAAAUGCUGCCUUUGGAUCACUAUACACAAAUAGACAGUCGUCAAGUCUAUUGGAAAAACUGUAAGUUCUUUAAUCACAUCAGUUUUCAUAUGAAAGAAGACAAUAAAUCAGUCUCCAGUUACGUUUACAGUAAAUAUUUGAAUUGUCUUGUCUUGUGGAAACGUUGGUUUGUUGCUCAGAUCUUCACAUCUCUGCGCUCUACUUCCCUCGUUGUUAGUGCUCUCCAGCGCUGUGUGUGUCUCCUUUUUUUUUAUAAAUAUUUAUUUGGGUGCUUGUCACAGUCUCUUUGAGGUGAUUACACAUACCAUAAAUGACAGUCUCUGUUCAAAGCCGCGGUUGCCAGGAGACUCCUGGCCCCCUUCCAGUGCUGGCUUUAGUUCAUUUCUGAAACACAAUGUGGAAAUUA